AUGUGCCAAUCACCGCUCCACCCCUUCCUAGCGGCGCUGCCCAAGUGCGAGCACCACAUGCACAUCGAGGGCUCGCUGGAGCCGUCGCUGCUGUUCGAGCUGGCGGCCAAGAACGGCAUCGCGCUCCCCGUGGACAAGGACGCCGCCUUCGCCUCGGUGGAGUCGCUGCACGCCCGGUACCAGACGUUCCAGAAUCUCGACGACUUUCUGGGCUAUUAUUACAUCGCCAUGUCGGCCCUCGUGGACGCGGCCGACUUCGAGGCCUUGGCUUAUGCCUACUUCGCCAAGGCGGCCUCGCAGAAUGUCCGUCACGCCGAGGUCUUCUUCGACCCCCAGGCCCACACGUCCCGCGGCGUUUCCUUUAGCACCAUGGUCGCCGGGCUCAAAGCGGCGCAGCGGAGGGCCCAGGCCGAGUUCAACAUGAGCACCGAGCUUAUCAUGUGUCUGCUUAAGCACCUGCCCCUGCCCGACGCCAUGAAGACGUUCGAGGAGGCCAAGGGGGCGGGCUACUUCGCGGACGGCACGUUUGCGGCUAUCGGGAUGGAUUCGUCCGAGAAGCCGUUCCCGCCUAAGAUGUGGGAGGAGCUGUUCGUCGCGGCGAAGGAGGCGGGAAUUCGCCGCACCACGCAUGCGGGCGAGGAGGGGCCCGCAGAUUAUGUCGUGCAGGCGCUGGAUGUGCUGGAUGCGCAGCGGAUCGAUCACGGGCUGAGGUCCGUCGAGGAUGAAGCGCUGUUGAAGAGAUUGGUGGAGCAGAAGACGUUGUUGACGCUGUGUCCGCUGUCCAAUGUGAAGUUGCAGUGCAUUGGGUCCGUGGCCGAGUUCCCACUGAGGAAGUUGCUUGAUGCGGGCGUCCGGUUUAGCAUCAAUAGUGAUGAUCCCGCGUACUUCGGCGGGUAUAUCCUGGAGAACUACUAUGCGUUGCAAGAUAACUUCGGGCUGACCAUUCGCGAAUGGGAGGGGAUUGCCCAGGGCUCGGUGUUGGGGAGUUGGUGUAGCGAGGAGAGGAAGCAGGAGUUGCUAGCGGAGAUCAAGACUGUUGUCGGCGAGUGGCUUGAGAAGUUGGGAGAGCAGUAG